AUGGAUGUUGUCUUCGAGUCCCCCGUCAAUGUAGAACGUCCGGUUGCUCCAGCUCUUCCCCACUCUUCCUCUUCGCCAGAGCAUCCCCGAUCUCGUUCUCCAUUUUCCUCACAAUCCGUCAUGCCUCCCUCAUCUGCUUUCCAGUUCAACCCCUUUUCCACUCAUACUCCAACCGCUCCUGACCGACUGUCACAAGUUCCAGACGUCGAGGGCCCACUCCAAGACUUGGUAAACUCCUCUGCUUCUCCUCGACCUCAUCCUGCUGCUACUGCUGCUGCUGUCACUUCUUUCACUUCUUCCCCUAACCCUCUUCCUCCUCAACUGGACCCGCAGCCGUCCUUAGAAGAGGACGCCAUGGAUACUGCCCCAGAUAAUACGCAAUUACAGCCUGAGGAAGUCUCUUCAAAUUCUACCCCUUCAGGAAGAAGUGCUGGAAUUGACCCUGCCAGACCCGCCGCUUCAGUCAUGGAGAUGGAUAUGGAAAUGGAAACAGAACAAAACACAAACUCAACCAUCAACACUCUACCAACUGAAGGAGGACCUCCUGAAACUCCAACUACCACUGAAACUGGACCUCUAAAUUUCCCUGAACGAACUACGAUUGGUGUUCCCGCCAUGGAGAAUAAUUCUCCAGAACCUCCUUCACAAGGCGCACCACCCUCAGAAGGACCUCUAUCACAGGAGCUUUCGUCGCCGGAAUCCCCUGACCCUCAAGCUGAACAGAACAGUUCGCCGGAUGGUUCUCAGGGUAAUUCCCAACAACCAUCUGUUGAAGAGGAAGAACCCGCUGAUUGGGCCGACAUUGAGGAAGACACUUCCGCUCCUGAUGAGGCUGAGUUGAAGGAGAUCGAGUCUGGCGAUGCGGACUACAGUGCCUUGGAUUAUGAUUACUGGGAAAAGACUUUCUACAGAGAACUCGAUGACCCCGAAUAUAAACCUGCAGAGAAAGCUCGCUUGACCUGGAUAUUCAAAGGUGUACGGGGUACCAAGGAAAACCCAAAUCGCGCUACCAUAAUGAGAUCCCCAGCCGCAUAUAUCGGGGGUGUUUACUGGACGAUCAAGUUUUUUCCUAGAGGUAAUAACACUGGUUCCCUAAGUAUAUAUCUCGAGACCUCAUCAACACCUCCGCAACCAGACAGAGUUGUCCCGGAGACCGAAUUCAAGGUUUUCAGAGGGCCACCAAAUGCCGUACUUAGCGAUUUGGUUCCGGAGGUUGACAUUACUAUCCCCGCUACUGCAAACUCGAGCAAGUUGUCAAGCACCCAAUCUUUCACGUCUCAAGGGAAUGAGAAGCAAGACCCUGCUAUUGAAGGUGACAGCGAACCAGCUCCCACAGAAGAGCGAGAAGGCGAACAGAAAAUUGAAUCCCCGUCAUCUUCUGUUGCGCCCCGAGAUUGGAGGGUGUCUGCCCAAAUUGGCGUUAUUCUAUACAACCCUAAUGAACCCCGAACUGCUUGGAUGCAGUCUUCGUGCCACCAAUUUAAUUCCCAUAACGUGGAUUGGGGCUGGACGACCUUCCAUGGCCCUUGGGACCGGAUUCAUCAACGACAACGGGGCCAGAGGCAAGCUCUUCUGCGGGAUGACACUCUUGCCUUUGAUGCGUAUAUUCGUGUUUUUGACGACCCAACGCAGUCGUUGUGGUGGCAUUCGAGUGAUAGUGAGCCAGUCUGGGACAGUUUAAGCCUGACUGGCUACCGCCCAAUGGGGGAUUCGGUCGUCAAGUAUAGCUUUGAGGUUGCUGGUUUGGUGUCAUGGCUCUUGCUAGCCCCUUUCCGCGAAGCUAUACAGAGUGUUGACGUUCUAGAACAUUUCACUACCCCGGGCGUCAAACCGAGACCUUUGUGUGAAUCUCUGCAAAAGCUUCUAUGGGCUUUGCGAAGCGACUAUCAUCCACAUCUUCAUGUUGAUACCGACUUUGUCACUCGGACUCUGCGAAAUCUGGAAGAAUUCUCUAGGGAUGUGAUGGAAUUUUGGGAGAGGCUUCGUCGUUCCCUCGAACUAGAACUUGUUGGCACCGAUGCUCUCGAAAAAUUGUCCAAAAUUUUUGAUGGCCAGAACGUGAGUCGUACGAUUACCGACACCACUUCCGCUGAAGAAACAGCACCCAGUGUCAAUUGUUUCCACGGAGAUUUCAACAACUCGAGAAUCAGAAUUCCAGCGCAAAGUUCAGACAACAUUGAAUCAGGCUUGAAACGAUAUUUUAGUGGUAAACCUGGAAAGUGGUCGCUUCCAGCGGUUCUCCACGUUGAGCUGGCGCGCCAGAUAUUCGACCGGGCUAGUCACCAUUGGAAUCUUAUUUCUCGUCGCGUUGGCCUAGAUGAAGAACUAGACCUGUCUGGUAUUGUCGCCAAAUCUCGCGUCGGGAGAUACAGCCUUUAUGGUUUUGUGGUCCACAAAGGCAAACGGUCUUCGGGGCAAUUCUACAGCAUCCUCCGUCCUGGUGGGCCGGGAACACGCUGGCUGGCCUUCGAAGAUGCGAGCGACAACAAGAUUGAGUGUCUUACGAGGAAGGCUGCGAUCGAUGCCCAUGAAGGUGUCCUCUCUGAAGAUGCAAGAAGUCAUUAUGAUAGAUCUGGGCGUGACGUUGCAGUUGUUGUGAUGUAUGUUCGAAAUGAUGUUUUACCUCAAUUCUUGACUGGAAAAAUUGAGCCAUGGAAGAUGGCAGAGCCUCUCAGGCACUAUUUUCACCACGGAGAGCUUCCAUUCAUCUCUUCUUCUCCAAUUUCCAUCGAGAUAUAUUCCCUCGAAGAUGUCUCUGUGGUAAAUAAUAGCUUAUUUGAUGCUCAUGAUCUGAUGGCCACUGCCAGGUCUGCAGGCGGAUUCCGCCAUCUAACCCUGCCAGCUAAUACGACGUUUGAAGCCGUAAGAAAAAAGUUGGCCUUGUGGUAUUGGAAAGAUGAACAGGAGAAGAAACCUGAGCAUAUUCGCAUGUGGCAGAUUGAUCGUCCAAAAUCAGGAUUCAUUCCCAGCUUACUCCUAAGGAACCUCCCAGCCUUGAAUUUUCCGCUGUCAUAUUUUAAUCUGAAUGUUUUGCGCCUGUGGGUGCAUAUCUUGUCUGAAGGAGUGUUCUUCGCGAGGAAAAAGGAUGCCAUCAAAUCUUCAGUUAGUGCCGCUCUGGGAUGGCCAGAUAAUAAGCAGUUUCACCUUUGGCAUCGUGUGGACGGUGCAUCAAUCCUGUCCAUAUCCGGGUCCCACAAAUUUUUUAAUAUUAUAUCCAUGGAUCUGGAUGGCCAAUGUUUCAUCGUCGGUGAAGUAUUGCCGAAGUCACGAUGCACCACAAUUUCGGAAAGAGGUUCCUUUGCCACCCCUGAUCUAUUAUCAAAGUAUCUCUGGGCUUUUUCCCGUCGGCAUCCGACGCAAGCACUGACCGGUACAAAAACGGUAGAAGCUACUUUUAAUGGAGAGUACUAUUCCGGAGAGUUUAAGAAGGGCUACUACCAUGGCAAAGGUACUCACAUAUCAGACACUGGUGCUACCUAUACCGGUGAUUUCGUCCUAGGACAGCGGCAUGGUAAAGGUAUCAUGGAGUUUACAUCGGGCGACACCUAUGAUGGAGAUUGGCGCGAGGAUGAACGUCACGGCCAAGGAACAUUUAUUGAACGCAAGACUGGCAACAAGUACGUUGGCGGUUACCGGGCCGGCAAACGACAUGGGAAGGGUAUCAGUUACUGGGAAGUUGCAGAUGAGGAGAUGGACCUUUGUCAAAUUUGCUACAGUGAAGAUCAGGAUGCGCUGUUUUACAGUUGCGGGCAUGUUUGUGCAUGCGUAAGCUGUGCCAAACAAGUUGACAUAUGCCCUAUGUGUCGGAAGAAGGUCACUAGUGUGGUCAAGAUCUACCGUAGCUGA